CCCAAUUCCCAAACCAAACCCCAACAAAUACCUAAAAAAUCCCCUCUCCUUUUCUUCUCCCAUUCGCGCUCCUUGCUCUUUCAUAUUCCUUUGAUCCAUUUGCUGUCUGUCUCUCUCCCCCUCACUCUCCUCUCUUCGCUUCCCGCCGCCGUCGACGCCGUGUCCUCCGGAUCCACCGCGCCACAUUCCUCAACCAUGGCUCGGUCUACGCCUGCGACGCAGCGGAAGCGGAAAUCCGUCACACCCUCUGAACCGCAACCUUCCGCUCGGAAGAGCUCCAGAACGGAGGCCAAGAAAAGAGCUGUGGCGGCGGACGACGAGAGGCAAGCUCCGCCGGAAGCAGAAAUUGAAGUGAUUCCGAGCAGCGAGGAAGCAACCAACUCGAGUUCCACCACCACGUCGAAGAAAAACGGGACCGCAGCCACUAAGAGGGCUUCUUCCAGGAAGAAGCCUGCUGAGGAGCCGACGGUCGAUGCUCCAGUGGAGGUUUCGGAUACCGAGGAUUCGGCCGAAAUGGGUUCACUCAAGCAGAUACGGCCCGUUAAGUCUCCGGCUAAGAAAGGCAAGAGAAAUUCUGACGAUGAAGACUCCGAUGCUCGGUUUCUUGGCAGUCCAGUGGCCGAUAAAGAUGCACGAGAACGAUGGCCGCACCGUUAUGCCAAAAAGGAUGCAAAGCAAAAUAAAGGUUCCAGUGAGGACGAUGAUGAACUUAUUGAAGCUCUCCGCCAUUACACUCGAGCACUAGUUGAUGGGAUUCAAUACGAGCUUAAUGAUAAUGCACAUGUUAAGGCUGCAGAUGGUGAGGACAGUUAUAUAUGCAAAAUUGUAGAAAUGUUUGAGGGUGUUGAUGGCAAUCCAUAUUUCACUGCCCAGUGGUACUACAGAGCUAAAGAUACUAUCAUUGAAGAUGCUUAUCAAAUAGACAAGACUCGAGUUUUCUUCUCAGAGGUGAAGGAUGACAAUCCACUAGACUGCCUUCUUAAGAAGCUCAACAUUGUGAUGCGCCCCCUUGAAGUGGACUGGGAGGGAAAAAGGAGCCCUGUUCCAGAUUGUGAUUACCAUUGUGAUGCUCAAUAUCUACUUCCAUAUGCUUCGUUUGUCAAGUUUCCAUCAGAAUCAACGGAAGCAAGUGAAAGCUCAUCGACUAUAUCUCAGUCAUGCGAAGUUUCCCAGCCAAAUGAAAAGUCAGAGCCGUUUACUCUCCUCGACUUGUAUUCUGGCUGUGGUGGCAUGUCAACUGGCCUUUGUCUUGGUUCUAAAUUGUCUGGUCAACAGCUCGUCACUAAAUGGGCUGUUGACCUGAACAAAUAUGCUUGCGAAAGUCUCAAACUGAAUCAUCCUGGAACAGAGGUGAGGAAUGAGUCAGUUGAAGACUUCUUAGCGCUGCUUCUUGAAUGGGAAAAACUGUGCAUAAGGUUUUCCCUAAUUAGCAGUGAUGAUCCUGAGAAGAAACAAGCUUACCCCUUUGAUGCCGAAGAAGAUGAGGGUGAGGAUUCAGAGGGCGAUGAUGAUGAUGAUGAAACUCCUGAUGAUUCCGAAUCUUUUGAAGUCGAGAACAUCCUUAAUAUUUGCUAUGGCAAACCUGAUGAUAAGGACCGUGGAUUAUAUUUUAAGGUUCAAUGGAAGGGUUAUGGCCCUGAAUAUGAUACGUGGGAGCCACUUGACGGUUUGGGUAACUGCUUGAAGGCUAUAAGGGACUUCGUCACCAAUGGGUUCAAUAGAAAGAUGCUACCUUUGCCUGGUAGUAUCGACGUGAUUUGUGGGGGCCCUCCUUGUCAAGGCAUCAGUGGUUUCAACCGAUUCAGAAACAAAGACAAUCCGUUGGAUGACGAGAAAAACAAACAGCUUAUAGUAUACAUGGACGUUGUCAAAUAUCUGAGGCCCAAGUAUGUGCUGAUGGAAAAUGUGGUGGACAUCCUAAAGUUUGCAGAUGGGUUUCUUGGGCGGUAUGCUAUAGGCCGCCUGAUUGAGAUGAACUAUCAAACUAGAGUUGGGAUGCUAGCUGCUGGUGCAUAUGGCCUUCCUCAGUUCCGUAAUCGUGUUUUCUUAUGGGGUGCCCUUCCCACUCUGGACUUGCCACCAUACCCUUUGCCAACCCAUGACGUCCUCGUCAGAGGUGUCUUCCCCAACAAGUUUGAGAGAUGUGUUGUUGCUUUUGAUGAGGGUUGUAAUUUUAACGUGAAAAAGAAACUUCUGUUAGCAGAUGCAUUGUCAGAUCUUCCUCCGGUGGAAAAUGGUGAGACGCGUGAUGAAAUGCCAUACACAAAAGAACCUGAAACAGAAUUUCAGCGUCUUAUUAGACUGAGGACUCCUGAAGCGUUGGAUCUUUCAUCACCAUCACUGAACUCCCAUCGUCCGUAUGAACUCAAUGCUGACGAUUAUGAAAGAGUCUGCCACAUACCCAAGAAGAAGGGUGCAAAUUUCAGAGAUUUACCUGGUGUCCGUGUACGGGACGACAACAAGGUCGAAUUUGAUCCGGCAAUCGAAAGAGUUCUUCUGAAGUCAAAGAAACCCUUGGUUCCAGACUACGCAAUGAGCUUCGUGAAGGGCACAUCUUCUAAGCCAUUCGCCCGCCUGUGGUGGGACGAGACGGUGCCCACAGUAGUGACUAGAGCUGAACCACACAAUCAGGCUAUUUUACAUCCUGAGCAGGAUCGUGUACUCUCUGUUCGUGAAAACGCAAGGCUUCAGGGUUUUCCUGACUAUUACAAGCUUGUAGGACCCAUCAAAGAAAGGUACAUCCAAGUGGGGAACGCAGUGGCAGUACCAGUGGCUCGUGCUCUAGGAUACGCGCUGGGAAUGGCUCUGAAUCAUAACGUCGAGAGAGCACCUCUGCUCACUCUGCCCAGCGACUACCUUGAGAAAGCACAUCCAACUACUCCGGCUUCAUCACAAGACGAGGCCUGAUCUCCUUUUUUUUACUUUUUAACUUAUUCGAUGGGAUUCACCCACCAGCAUCCACAGCAAAUAUGCUUUGCUUCUGGGUUUGAUUCAUCUGACAAAUCAAAACAGAAUCCAUCCGGUUUCAUUCUUGGAAGCUAUUUUUGUGCUCACAGCUAUCUUGCUACUCUUGAGACUUGUAUGUGUCUGUAUUGUUGUUAGGUGAACCGACUACAGUUGUUGGUUUGCCUACAAAGUACUGUUGCUGUAUUCAUGUAAGUUAUUGGGUGCCCUUAAUGAGGGGUAGAUAUGCGGAGCUGUAUCUUGUCAUGUACUAGUGUCGAGAGUUCUGAUAGGUCAAUGGUUGUUGUUCUAUGUUGGCUUUUUUGGUCUUGAAACAUCAAGAUGAAAUCCAAGCAUGAUAUAUGCAUUGCUUUGUUAGAGAUGUUAAAUCAGGGUUCUUUCAGUUAUCAGUAAAUGUUUUUGUUUAUUCAUAA